UCCUUACUUAGUCUAUACUGCUGCAGAGUCUCUCAGUCAGUCUCUUGUCUCUCUCUCUCUCUCUCUCUCUAUCUCUCUCUUCAUCUCCCCGUGUUUCCGUUUUCCGCUCCCCCCCGCCUCCCCUCCCGCCCCGAUCCUAUUAUAUUAUCAGCUAAUCAAAACACCCAUUUUUCCCUCGCCAAAUUAGAGUUGCGUCUCCCCUGGAUUGGCUUCUUCCUCCGAUCUUUCUCUCUUGCAACUCUUCACGCCCCAAUCCCUCGAGGAUCUUCUCUCCCUCUCUCUCCUUCCCCCUCCCCUUCUCUUUAUCUCGCAUCCCCUUUCCAUUCUUUCAAUUCUCUCUCCCCAUCGCCAAUUGUUGGAGAGCACCUUUUGUUUGCUCAGUCACCCUCCAACAUGGCCAGUCUCAAUGGGAGUUUCGCCUCUCCAUCCGCGGAUGCCGUGAUUUCCCCCAGACUUUUUGAGCCCUCUGGCCUUGUCGCCUCCGUCCUUGAAGGGUUUACCGUUUGGAAGGCUCUCUUGACUCUGUUCAUUGCGGCUGUGAUCUAUGAUCAGUUCCGGUAUCUAUGGCUCAAGGGUUCAAUUAUCGGCCCAGCAUGGAAGAUGCCUUUCAUGGGCCCUUUCCUCCAAUCCGUCAACCCCAAGUUCCAUGAAUACAAGGCCAAGUGGGACAGCGGUGCGCUGAGCUGCGUUUCUGUCUUCCACAAGUUCGUCGUCAUUGCUUCUACUCGUGACAUGUCGCGCAAGAUCUUCAACUCCCCUACCUUCGUCAAGCCUUGUGUCGUCGACAUUGCGCACAAGCUCCUUGGUGCGGAUAACUGGGUCUUCUUGGACGGCAAGGAUCACGUCGAGUUCCGUAAGGGCUUGAACGGUCUCUUCACGCGCCAGGCGCUUUCCUACUACCUCCCUCGCAUGGAGGAGGUUUACAACGACUACUACGCUCGCUUCCUUCGGAUCUCCAAGGAGAACAACUUCACCCCGACUCCCUGGAUGCCGGAAUUCCGUGAACUGAUGUGUGCUGUUUCCUGCCGUACAUUCGUCGGUCACUACAUCACCGAAGAGGCCAUCAAAAAGAUUGCUGAUGAUUACUACCUGAUCACCGCUGCUCUUGAGCUGGUCAACUUCCCCGUUAUUCUCCCCUACUCCAAGGCUUGGUACGGCAAGAAGGCCGCAGACAUGGUUCUAGCGGAGUUCUCGAACUGCGCUGCUAAGAGUAAGGCUCGUAUGGCCGCUGGUGGAGACAUCACUUGCAUCAUGGACGCCUGGGUCAAGGCCCAGCAGGAUUCCGCCAAGUACCGGGAGAAGCUUGCCCAGGGCAUCGCUGUGGAUUCCAACGAGAAGCCGCCUCAGCUCCUGCGUGACUUCACCGACUAUGAAAUUGCCCAGACCGUGUUCACUUUCCUCUUCGCCUCCCAAGACGCCACCAGCGCGGCCAGUACUUGGCUGUUCCAGAUCAUGGCCGACCGCCCUGACGUGCUUGACAAGGUUCGCGAGGAGAACUUGCGUGUUCGCAAUGGCGACAUUCAUGCUCCCCUGACCAUGGAGCUGCUCGAUAACUUGCCCUACACUCGCGCCGUUGUCAAGGAGACCCUGCGCUACCGCCCUCCUGUAAUCAUGGUUCCGUACUUGGUCAAGAAGGACUUCCCCAUCACCGAGAACGUCACCGUAUCCAAGGGCUCUAUGAUCAUCCCCUCUGUCUGGCCCGCCUGUCACGAUGAGGAGGCCUAUCCUAACGCCGACUCUUUCGAGCCUGAUCGCUGGAUCACUGGUACUGCCGAGCAACAGACCAAGAACUGGCUUGUCUUUGGCACUGGUCCUCACUACUGCCUGGGCCAGACCUAUGCUCAGCUGAACCUGAUGGCCAUGAUCGGUAAGGCCAGUAUGGAGAUGGACUGGGAGCACACCCCUACUCCCGAGUCGGAGGAGAUCAAGGUGUUUGCCACUAUCUUCCCCAAGGAUGACUGCCUGUUGUCGUUCCGCCCUCGCCCUUAAGCAUUUCCUUUCCGUUUAAGAGACAGGACGCCGGAAGCUUCGGCUUUCAAUCACCUGCCAGACACAUUGAAAGGUGGAAGGAGAGCCCCCGUGUCCCGCAUGUGCUGCGUUGCAUCCUGUCCUGGUGAUACGGCUGCAGACAACCCCCUUCUUCUUCGAUCCACCUUUUGUUCUUCUUCGACCUUGUAACUACUUACCCUACUGCCCGCCUUUCUUCUUCUUCUUCUGCUUCUUCUUCUUCUUUCAUCAUCUCGGGGGUAGAACGGCGAUACCAUCUGCUGUUUGCGGUAUCCAGAGUUGCCUGCGCAUGGGUGCCUGGAGGUAUAUGAUUUUGCAACGAACCAAGUGGCUCCGCUUCAGUGAUUCACGAAGCCGUGAAGUGGCAUGUCAUUCUUAGAUUACGCUACUUAUAACUAAUAAUAAUGCGAGACUCGAAUAUUGAUGAUA